UUCGCGCGAGCCGUAGCAAAAAUUAGAGAGAGAGAGAAAAACAAGGGAAAAUAAAAUCAAAGAGAGAGAUUAGUGAUCUCGACUCGAAUUCUACCAGCGUUGGCUUUGGCUGGCCUUUUUCGAUUUUCGUCGUCUGGCUCUGAGAUCUCUCUAGAGAAGAACUAUACAAUCAAAAUCUCAAACUCAAUAGAUAGAAAAAAAAAAGAGAGAAAAAAGGAAGGAAAAGGCUGUUUGAUCUCUCAACGACCCUCUCGAUUCCUUUCUCUCAAAUGGAGACAGAUUUGAUGAGUUCUCAUUGGGACAGCGAUGAUGAGUAUGAAAAAUUCAUUCAGAGAAUGAACCCACCAAGGGUUGUAAUUGAUAAUGAAUCAUGUGCUAAUGCAACAGUUGUUAGAGUUGAUAGUGCAAAUAAAUAUGGAAUGCUUUUAGAGGUUGUACAGGUUCUCACUGAUCUCAACCUUAUCAUUACAAAAGCUUAUAUAACCUCUGAUGGAGGAUGGUUCAUGGAUGUUUUCAAUGUAACUGAUAAAGAUGGGAAGAAGUUGAAUGAUUCAACUACAAUCAAUGGAAUAGUGGAUUUUAUCCGAAAGUCCUUAGGUGCGGAUUCUUCUUUUGUACCGUCAAGGAGGAGAUCAGUUGGCGUUGCGCAGUCCUCUGGCCACACGUCAAUCGAGCUCACGGGGACUGACAGGCCUGGUCUUCUCUCUGAAGUUAGUGCAGUUUUAACUGACCUAAAGUGCAAUGUGGUUAAUGCCGAGGUGUGGACUCACAAUACUCGAGCUGCAGCUGUGAUGCAAGUGACCGAUGACGAAACUCACUCUGCCAUUACCGACCCUGAGAGGCUCUCGAGAAUCAAAGAGCUGCUUUGCAAUGUGCUCAAAGGGAAUAAUAAGACUCGGGGAGCUAGGACUGCUGUUUCUGUGGGGGAAACUCAUACAGACCGAAGGCUUCAUCAGAUGAUGUUUGAUGAUAGGGAUUAUGAGAGGUGUGAUCAGAGUAUAGGAGAUGAGAGUUUGAGACCUAAUGUUACUGUUGUGCAUUGGUAUGAUAAGGAUUAUUCAGUGGUCACGAUUCGGUGUAAGGAUAGGCCGAAGCUUUUGUUUGAUAUUAUUUGCACCUUGACGGAUAUGCAGUAUGUGGUUUUCCAUGGUAAUGUUAAUUCUGAGGGCCCUGAAGCUUAUCAGGAGUACUACAUUAGACACGUAGAUGGGUCCCCUGUCAACUCGGAAGCUGAGAGACAGAGAGUCAUCCAGUGUCUUGAAGCUGCUAUAGAGAGGAGAGUGUCUGAGGGGUUGAAGCUAGAGCUGUGUACAAGUGAUAGAGUGGGUCUAUUAUCAGAUGUCACUCGUAUUUUCCGUGAGAACAGUCUCUCGGUCACGAGAGCCGAGGUGUCAACUAGAGGAGGCAAAGCCAUCAAUACCUUCUACGUUCGCGAUGCUUCUGGAAAUCCAGUUGACCCCAAGACUCUAGAUUCAAUAAGGCAAUCCAUUGGCCAGACCGUGCUUGAAGUGAAAGGGCACAACUCGGAUUGCUCCAAAUCACAAGAAUCGCCUACUCGAUUCCUCUUCGGUGGCCUCUUCAGGUCCAGGUCUCUUUACAAUUUUGGCUUGGUCAGGCCUUAAACCUACUAAAUUGUGUACAUAACAAAUAUAUCAAAACUGCCAAAGGUAGGGAUUGAUACGAAGGUCGGAGUCAGAUGUUACCACAUUAGGACACUCCCAUAUUGGCUAUUUCUACGGUUACGAAGCACCCUUGGAAUAGUAGGACGAUAAGAGGAAGACUGUACAGUAAUUUUCCAAGAGGAUGACUAGGAUUGUAACGUCAUGUACAUAUGAAUGUAAAUAUGAUUUUUCGUUGUAAAAUCUCAGUUGUUGCCAUUUGAAAUGUUGGUAUAUUUCAUUUUC